UUUCAGAUGAAUCUCCGCAUGUCCAAAUUGGAGUUCUUUUGCAACAGACCCACUCUUGUUGCUUUGAUUGAUUUCGGCCUGGAUUUAAGCUCUGUGUAUGACGUGGAAGUUAGUGCAAACACGACUAAGGUUCCAGAUGAUAAACAUUUUAUGAACAAAGAAAAGACUGAAGAAAAUGGGCGUGUCAAAGGGUUGCUGGGUUAUGGUAAAGGUCGUGUAGUAUUUUAUUUAACCAUGAAUGUUGACAAUGCGACUGUGUUUCUUAACAAAGAGGAUGGCUCUUCGUUUGCGAUGUUUGUGCAAGAAAGUUUCCUGCUGGAUCUCAAGGUCCACCCGAGUUCUCUUUCCAUUGAAGGCACCCUAGGAAAUUUUAGACUCCGUGAUAUGUCUCUUGGAGCAGAUCACUGUUGCGAUUGGCUUUGUAAUAUACGUAAUCGAAGUGUUGAAUCCCUUAUCAAGUUCAAAUUUAGUGCUGAAGAUGAUGACUAUGAAGGAUAUGUUUACAGUUUGUGUGGCCAACUUUCUGCUGUCCGCAUCAUUUUCCUCUAUAGGUUUGUUCAGGAGAUAACAGUGUACUUUAUGGAACUGGCCACCCCACAUACCGAAGAGGCAAUCAAACUUGUUGACAAAGUUGGAGGCUUAGAGUGGCUAAUUCAGAAAUAUGAGAUUGAUGUAAAGAAAUAUGGACCACUGAGGUUUUAG